AUGGAAGAAGUUAAAUAUCAUUUUACUCAUUUAAGUUCAAAAAAUUUCAACACUUUAAACUCAAAACCUGUUAUUGAUUAUUUAAUUAAAUGGUCGAUAAAGGGACAAUUUCAACUUUCGACAUUUUGUUUUAACGAACCUUAUCAACCUCACGAUAAACAAAAACUAAUUGAUAAUUUUUUUCGCGAUUCUUUCGUUAUAAAUAUAUUAAACGAAUUAAAACCGAGUUGGUUUUUUCAUAAGGAAGAUAUUGAUCAUGUUUAUACUGAAAUUGUACCAUGUACAAUAUCCUCCAUGACAUUUUUUGAUAGAAUUCUAAAAGAAGAAAAUAAAAUUAUUAGAAUUGAUGGCGUCAUUCGAAAUUGUUUAGACGAUUAUAAAAAUGGAUUUUUAAUAGCCGAUGAAUUGAGAAAAAUGAUUUUAGACGAGGAAAGCGAUAAUUAUUCAUUAUACCUGGAAAAUGAUAGAAAUGAAUUAAUAUUUAGAAUAUUUAAAUUUUUAAUUUUGGGAGGACAAUGGUGUCAAUUUGAAGAUAAAAUUAAUCCUUAUUUAGAUGUAACUAAAAUAUUAUAUAAGGAUUUGGUUCACGUAGAAAAAAAUCCGGAAACUAAAAAAAUAGAAAUAAAAAGCAUUUGUUUAAAAGUAACAAUAAUGGGAAAAAAUAAAAAAUCAAUAUUUCCAAUCGAUGGUGAUCACAUUCAAAAUUUUCUUUACGUGAUUAUCGAUCCUAAAAAAGGCAGAUUACAUUAUUUCUACAUGAAUAUGGAGGACAAUUUUAAUUAUAUAAUUAUAAAUGAUUUUCAACAUAGACAUAAUAGAUUAAUAAUGUAA